CGUUGCCACCCAGCCGCACCAAAAGCGAAAAGUGCAAACAUUAGAUAAAGAUAAUUGCACAAUUAUUGGCACCUGCAGCCGGCGAACGCAGUAACGGAAUCCUCCGCAUUCAAAAGCCGAUGGCGCGCAUGGCAAAAAGGCGGUGGAGAAAGCUUGUGCCCUGAAAUCGGUGAUGCGGCGGUAUUGGCCUGUUGUCCGCCGUCCGUUGCAGAAGCUAAACAUUCCCGAAAUAUGAAUAGGCUUACGUAAAUAUUGCAUGGGCAGUGCAUAUUUAAAUAUAGAUUAUAUAUAGACGCUAUGUGAGGCAUUGCAUUUGCCAGAGGACAACCGAAAGUAUUAAUCAAGCAAUCCAAACCGAUGUGAAGCAGCCGGGAUAAUGGCUUCCUUGCGCCUAGUCAAUAGAAACAGAUUAGUGUGCCGCGGCUUUGUGGCUCUUACGUUGCUGCUGGUCUUCUUCAACGAGUUUAUAGUCUACUACAUGGCCCAGUCCAGUUGGCAGCCAAUCGAUUGCAAACUAGAUAAUUGCACGCGCCUGCUGCUCAUCGCCGAUCCACAGAUCCUGGGAAACUCCUACGAUCGAUCCUCGCACAGUCCUUUGGCCAGGUUCGACUCGGAUAGGUAUCUGGCCAAGACCUUCGAGCGAGCUCUUGCUUUCACUCAGCCCCACAUCAUCGUUUUCCUGGGCGAUCUGCUGGACGAGGGCAACAUAGCCACGGCCCAGGAAUACAAGCAGUACGUUCAGCGGUUCAGGCGGAUCUACCAGAACAAGAACUUUAAAAAAUUCCGAAUGAUAUCUGCCCUUUUUCAGCGCGUCCACGUGCCGGGUGACAACGAUAUUGGCGGCGAAAACGGCGACUACAUAUCCAACUCGAACCAAAGACGCUUCGAGAACGCCUUCAUGAGUGAGGACCUCUUUGACUACGACAAUCGCUUGCGCUUCUUCAAGAUCAACCGCAUGCUGCUCGAUUUUACCAAUCCGGAUAGGGAUAACAACGCCGAUCGGCUAAGGAUUGGCGUAUCGCACGCUCCGCUGCUCAUCGGCGGCGGACCCUUGCUGAGGGCAAUUAUCAGUGACUUGGAUCCACAUAUCAUUUUCUCUGGCCACUGGCACGAGUCGAGAAUAUUUAUCUACCCAUCUACCAAGGUGAUCAACUUCUACGAGAACGCCGUGAGGCACUUCGAUUUGAAGGCUCUCAAGGAGCAGGAGCAUAGCUAUUUGGAGAUCAUGGUGCCAACCUGCUCGUAUCGCAUGGGAAAGUCCAAAAUCGGCAUGGGCUAUGCGGUAUUAGAAAACUUUAACCUGAGCUACACUGUUCUGUGGCAGCCAAAUCGCUUCAUCCUGCUCUUCACCUACGUAUUCUGGGGCCUAUUCGUAGUCUGCGGGGCCGUCGUCUUCAAGAUGAUGACCCGCUGCCCCUUCCGCGUGGCCAAACGGCAGACGCUCUACAAUCGCGUCUCGACCAUACCUCAAUUUUAGACUGCAUUUCCCACUCCUCACGGACAAUAAGCCUAAGAUUCUCAAGAAUUGCUCGAAUAACCACAAUAUAUGAGAUUGAAAUUGUAUUUAUAGUCAUGUAGCUUAUAUUCAAAAAGUACCUAUAAUUUAAUAGCUAUAGAAAUUGAUUGUGAAUUAACAAUCCAAAAAUGAUGAUUCCAGUUUUGAAUUAGGAAAAAAAUUAACCCAUGUCCUCCACCUCGAUAGUGCUAGUCCUUUAAUCCGAAAUAUCAUAUUAAACUUUUUUAUUUAAUUUAUUUCACAAUUACAAUAUUUUUUUAUUUAAAAUUUAAAAAAUUACUUAUUUAAAAUCUGUAUUGUAGCCACAUAUAGGACUUUAUUAUCUAAAAUAAAACCAAUUUAUGAAAAAGGUGAAAAA